AUGGCGGCGCUGGAGGAAGCGAGGGGGAUGCCAGAUGCAACGCCGAAGCAGAUCAAGAAAGCAUACUACAAUUGCAUCAAAUCAUGUCAUCCUAAUCUCAGUGGGAAUGACCCUGAUAUGACAAAUUUCUGCAUGUUCAUCAAUGAAGUUUACACGGUGCUUACCGAUCCCAUCCAGCGAGCAGUGUAUGAUGAGAUACAUGGGUAUGCCGCGACUGCAACCAAUCCUUUCUUGGAUGACAGUGCACCCCGGGAUCAUGUGUUUGUUGAUGAGUUUAGUUGCAUAGGAUGCAAGAACUGUGCUAACGUGUGUUCUAAGGUCUUUCAAAUUGAGGAAGAUUUCGGACGGGCAAGAGUUUAUGACCAAUCAGGCAGCACAGAACUGAUUCAAGUAGCUAUUGAUAGUUGCCCAGUUGACUGCAUUCAUUGGACUUCAGCUGCGCAACUUUCGCUCCUUGAGGAUGAAAUGCGCAGAGUAGAGAGAGUAAAUGUUGGAUUAAUGCUUGCUGGGAUGGGAGGCUCAGUUGAUGUGUUUCGGAUGGCAAGUUCGCGUUGGGAGAAAAGACAAGCCAAAGUCCUGGAGAAGGUCAGAAGGCGGAUGAGCCAAGAUGAUUCCAGUACGGGUGGCUCAUGGAGUGAUAUCUGGGGAGCACCAACAAGAUACGAGAAGAACGAAGAGGAGGCAAAGGAGAGAGCAAAGCGAGCAGCGGCUGCAGCAAGGAGGUGGCGAGAGUACUCAAGGAAAGGCGCCGACAAGCCUCCUACAUUCAAACUUCCAGAGGCAGUGCCCAACAAGGAGUGA